AUGAAGCUCACCACUCUUCUGCCCGCCGUCGUGCUGCCGGCCGCCGCCCUGGCCGCGCCCGCCAGCUCCGCCACGCCGAUGCCCGGGCUCAAGCUCUCCGCCGUGGACAUCAUCAAGACCAUCGCGCCCAAGUCGGCCACCUGCGCCGCCGGCGACUCCGAGUGCCGCACCGCCGAGCAGGCCGCGCCGCACCUCUUCGACGCCAUGAACGCGUACGGCCUGUGCGACUACAAGCAGAUGGCCGCAGUGCUCGCCCUGGUCGCGUUCGAGUCGGUCCAGUUCCGCUACAAGCACAACGUCUACCCCGGCCGCGCCGGCCAGGGCACCGUCAACAUGCAGAUGCCCAACUACAACCUCCUGUACGCGCAGUCGCUGCCGGGCGUCCGCGACAAGGUGGCGGGCAUCAAGUCGGUGGACGGCGCGAGCAAGGACACGCUGAACGAGAUGCUGGCGCUGCUGACGGUGGACGGGCACAACUUUGCGAGCGGCGCGUGGUUCUUGGCGACGCAGUGCCCGCAGUCGGUGCGCGACGCGCUCGCGGUCAACAUCGACACGGGCUUCACGGCGUACAUGGGCUGCGUCGGCGUGACUAUCGACGAGGACAGGACCAAGUACCUGACGCGUGCUAAGCAGGCGUUUGAAUUGAAGUAG